AUGAAGCUGUUCACCACUCAAAUCUUCUGCCUUGGGGCUGCCAUGCUACCAUUGGCAGCUACCUCCCCUGACUCCGCAGUGGCCGCUAUUUUCGACAGACGGGUGUCUGAAAAGUUCAACCCUACUGGACCUGCAAAGGUGGAGAGAUUUAUCGAACUUCGGGCGCGUCAAGCUCAGGGCUCUGUUGUUUGCACUCUGACAUCCUUCCAUCUAGGACAGUACUGCCAGGGAACUACCUGUGUUUUGGCCCCUGAUGAGUUGCACUUCAAUUGUCCCUAG